AACCUGAAAAAUGGUGGAAAUGCGUCCAAACCACAGCAUAAUUUUUUCUUUUUUUGUUUUGAGAAAACCACAGCACAAUUUUGUUGAAGAGACUUUUUCCAAAGAUUCCAAUUUCAGCUUGACUCUGACCAUAAUUCAUCCUUUAAAACCCCAAUGGAAAAAUGGCGGAAUCGAAAGCAAAAGCCUGCUCAAAUCCCUACAGUCACAGUUGCUACAGAAGAUUGCAAUAUUACGUCACAGAAGCAAUAUACCCUAACAGAAGCAAUAUACCUAACAAAAUGGGAAGUGUGCUGUCUUUAAGCUCUAAUUCUCUGCAAUCGUCUCUCGAGACGACCACCUCAGUAUACGACAAGUCUGAUCUUGUGAGGUUGUGGACGCUCGUGAAUGACGGAAGUAAAGGGGAUUUCACUGCACUUUCUGCGAAAAUUUUCGAUCCGUCGACUUUCCAUGGCUCCUUUUUUGUGCUGGGAUUUACUGUGCUGCUCGGGCUAAUUCUUGGAUUUUUUCUGCUCCGUCGAUCCCUGUCCCGUGGUAAUAAGGUGGAAUCGAAGGAUAAAAGCUUCAAGAUUGAAGUGCCCCCUGUUGAGGUGAAGAAUGAAGUGAGCAAGAAGAAGGUUAGUUUGUUUUUUGGCACACAGACUGGAACAGCCGAACGCUUUGCUAAGGCAAUUGCAGAGGAAGGAACUGUAAGGUACAACGGCGAAGUGGUUUUCGAGGCACUUGAUCUAGAGGAGUAUGCUCAGGAAAGCGACGAAUUUGCAGAAAAAUUAACACAAGAAAGAUUUGUCAUAUUUACUAUUGCAACAUACGGAGAUGGUGAACCUACAGAUAAUGCUACAAAAUUUUACAAUUGGCUUACUACGGAGGCGGGAAAGGGAACCCAGUUUCCAGAACUUACUUAUGCAAUCUUUGGUCUUGGAAACACACAAUAUGAGCAUUUCAAUAAGGUGGCCUUGGUCGUUGACGAGUCACUGGCCAAUCAAGGGGCCAAACGCCUGCUCCCUUGUGGACUUGGAGAUGAUGACAAAACGAUAGAGGAUGAUUUCACUGCCUGGAAAGAGCAAUUAUGGCCAGAACUGGAUGGUGUGCUUCGAGGUGAGGAUGAUCAACCUGUCUGCACUACCCCAUACUUGGCUGUUAUUCCACAGUAUCACCUUGUUGAGCACGAAAAAGAUACAGUAGUGGAGGAAUCAUAUAGUGCUGAAGCUAAUGAUGGCGCUAAUCAUGAUGUUCAUAACCCCUACAGAGCCACUGUUGCCAUACGGAAAGAACUUCACACGCCUCUAUCAGACCGCUCAUGCACUCAUCUUGAAUUCGAUAUUACGGGAUCAGGCUUAAAUUAUGAGGCUGGGGAUCAUGUUGGAGUAUAUGCAGAGAACACCACAGAAACAGUUGAAACAGCAGCCAAGCUUCUCGGAUAUCCCAUUGAUAUGAUAAUAUCCCUCCACAAAGAAACUGAAACAGGGGAGCCUGUACCUGGAUCUAGUUCUCUCUCUGCCCCAUUCCCAGGCCCCUGCACUUUGCAGACAGCAUUAGCACGAUACACAGACCUGCUAAAUCCCCCUCGUAAAGGAUCUCUUUCAGCAUUAGCAGCAUAUGCAGCUGAUCCCAAGGAAGCAGAACGUUUAAAAUACCUAUCCUCCCCCGAAGGAAAGGAGGAGUAUUCCCAAUGGAUCUUAUCAUGCCAAAGGAGUCUGCUAGAAGUUCUUGCUGAGUUUCCAUCAGUGAAGGUUCCGCUAGGAGUAUUUUUUGGUGCUGUUGCUUCACGUUUGCAACCACGUUUCUACUCCAUCUCAUCUGCCUCAAGCUUUGCACCAAACAGAGUUCAUGUUACAUGUGUUCUAGUCCAUGGCCCUAGCCCGACAGGACGUAUACACCAGGGUGUGUGCUCCACAUGGAUGAAGAAUUCCACUCCUUGCGCAGAAUCUACCGAGAACUGUAGCUGGGCACCAAUUUUCAUUAGGAAAUCAAACUUCAAGCUUCCUUCGCAUCCUAUGGUUCCAAUCAUCAUGGUCGGACCUGGCACAGGCAUUGCACCGUUCAGAGGUUUCCUCCAGGAAAGAGCUACUCUGCAAAAAUCUGGAUUGCAGCUCGGCCCAGCCGUCCUCUAUUUUGGAUGCAGAAACAGCAAAAUGGACUUCAUCUAUGAGGAGGAGCUAAACCAAUUUGUUGAAGAAGGCAUUCUAUCUAGAUUGAACGUAGUCUUCUCCAGAGAAGGUGCACAAAAAGAAUAUGUGCAGCAUAUAAUUCUUAAAGAGGCUAGUUAUAUAUGGGAGCUCAUUUCCCAAGGUGCGUAUUUUUAUGUAUGUGGUGAUGCAAAGGGCAUGGCAAAGGAUGUUCAUCAGGCUUUGUUGAACAAUAUUCAACAGCAGAAGUCUGUGGAUGGCAGAGAAGCAGAGUCAGUUUUGAAGAAGCUUCAAUCAGAAGGAAGAUAUUUAAGGGAUGUAUGGUAAAUAAACCCUUAAGAGAUUGUGAGAACAAUAGAAGUGCUAUCAUAUAGAAUACCUGGACUAGAAAUCUGACUGCAACCAGCAAAUUCGACUGGAGGCUAUAAAAUUUAGAAUUUUUAAAUGUAAAACGAGUUAGAGUGGUGACUCUUGUUCAUUCGUUGAGUGCCUUUCAGGCCUCCUUGUAAGCUAAGUUAUUCUUUUAUUACAGUAAGGUUAUCUCUAUUUGUUUUAUUACUUGGAACUCCAAAGCUUGAGUCCGGAAGCAAAGUCCAUAAUGACUGAUCUUUUAUGUAGCUUUGAGGAAGCAUGUCAUUUCUAUCAUGAUUGACAUCAUCGGCACUCUGAAAAAACUUGCAGAGGAAUUUCACUUAAGAUCGGUCAUUAACGAUAGAUUUUGUACAUAUUUCUAUUAUUUGUGAAAAAUAAAAGUAUGGAGCUUCAACUCUUACAUAACAAAA